ACGUGGACGUGGACAUGGACGUGGACGUGGACGUGGACGUGGACAUGGACGUGAACGUGGACGUGGACGUGGACGUGGAAGUGGACGUGGACGUGGACGUGGACGUGGACGUGGACGUGGACAUGGACGUGGACGUUGACGUGGACGUGGACGUGGACGUGGACAUGGUCGUGGACGUGGACGUGGACGUGGACGUGGACGUGGACGUGGACGUGGACGUGGACGUGGACGUGGACAUGGACGUGGACGUUGACGUGGACGUGGACGUGGACGUGGACGUGGACAUGGACGUGGACGUGGACGUGGACGUGGACAUGGACGUGAACGUGGACGUGGACGUGGACGUGGAAGUGGACGUGGACGUGGACGUGGACGUGGACGUUGACGUGGACGUGGACAUGGACGUGGACGUUGACGUGGACGUGGACGUGGACGUGGACAUGGUCGUGGACGUGGACGUGGACGUGGACGUGGACAUGGACGUGGACGUGUACGUGGAGAUGGACGUGGACGUGGACGUGGACAUGGACGUGGACGUGGACAUGGACGUGGACGUGGACGUGGAAGUGGACGUGGACGUGGACGUGGACGUGGACGUGGACGUGGACGUGGACAUGGACGUGGACGUUGACGUGGACGUGGACGUGGACGUGGACAUGGUCGUGGACGUGGACGUGGACGUGGACGUGGACAUGGACGUGGACGUCUACGUGGAGAUGGACGUGGACGUGGACGUGGACGUGGAGGUGGACGUUGACGUGGACGUGGACAUGGACGUGGACGUUGACGUGGACGUGGACGUGGACGUGGAAGUGGACGUGGACGUGGACGUGGACGUGGAAGUGGACGUGGACGUGGACGUGGACGUGGACAUGGACGUGGACGUGGACGUGGACGUGGACGUGGACGUGGAAGUGGACGUGGACGUGGACGUGGACGUGGACGUGGAAGUGGACGUGGACGUGGACGUGGACGUGGAAGUGGACGUGGACGUGGACGUGGACGUGGACGUUGACGUGGACGUGGACAUGGACGUGGACGUGGACGUUGACGUGGACGUGGACGUGGAAGUGGACGUUGACGUUGACGUGGACGUGGACGUGGACGUUGAAGUGGACGUGGACAUGGACAUGGACGUUGACGUGGACGUGGACAUGGACAUGGACGUUGACGUGGACGUGGACGUGGACGUGGAAGUGGACGUGGACGUGGACGUGGACGUGGAAGUGGACGUGGACGUGGACGUGGACGUGGACGUGGACGUUGACGUGGACGUGGACAUGGACGUGGACGUUGACGUGGACGUGGACGUGGACGUGGACAUGGUCGUGGACGUGGACGUGGACGUGGACGUGGACAUGGACGUGGACGUGUACGUGGAGAUGGACGUGGACGUGGACGUGGACGUGGACAUGGACGUGGACGUGGACAUGGACGUGGACGUGGACGUGGAAGUGGACGUGGACGUGGACGUGGACGUGGACGUGGACGUGGACAUGGACGUGGACGUUGACGUGGACGUGGACGUGGACGUGGACAUGGUCGUGGACGUGGACGUGGACGUGGACAUGGACGUGGACGUGUACGUGGAGAUGGACGUGGACGUGGACGUGGACGUGGACGUGGACGUUGACGUGGACGUGGACAUGGACGUGGACGUUGACGUGGACGUGGACGUGGACGUGGACAUGGUCGUGGACGUGGACGUGGACGUGGACGUGGACAUGGACGUGGACGUGUACGUGGACGUGGACGUGGACGUGGACGUGGACGUGGACGUGGACAUGGACGUGGACGUUGACGUGGACGUGGACGUGGACGUGGACGUGGACAUGGACGUGGACGUGGACGUGGACGUGGACAUGGACGUGAACGUGGACGUGGACGUGGACGUGGAAGUGGACGUGGACGUGGACGUGGACGUGGACGUGGACGUGGACAUGGACGUGGACGUGGACGUGGACGUGGACGUGGACGUGGACGUGGACGUGGACAUGGACGUGGACGUUGACGUGGACGUGGACGUGGACGUGGACGUGGACAUGGACGUGGACGUGGACGUGGACGUGGACAUGGACGUGAACGUGGACGUGGACGUGGACGUGGAAGUGGACGUGGACGUGGACGUGGACGUGGACGUUGACGUGGACGUGGACAUGGACGUGGACGUUGACGUGGACGUGGACGUGGACGUGGACAUGGUCGUGGACGUGGACGUGGACGUGGACAUGGACGUGGACGUGUACGUGGAGAUGGACGUGGACGUGGACGUGGACGUGGACGUGGACAUGGACGUGGACGUGAACGUGGACGUGGACGUGGACGUGGACGUGGACGUGGAGAUGGACGUGGACGUGGACGUGGACGUGGACAUGGACGUGGACAUGGAGGUGGACGUGGACGUGGACGUGGACAUGGACGUGGACGUGGACAUGGACGUGGACGUGGACGUGGACGUGGACAUGGACAUGGACGUGGACGUGGACAUGGACGUGGACGUGGACAUGGACGUGGACGUGGACGUGGACGUGGACGUGGACGUGGACAUGGACGUGGACGUGGAAGUGGACGUGGACAUGGACGUGGACGUGGACGUGGACGUGGACGUGGUCGUGGACGUGGUCGUGGACGUGGUCGUGGACGUGGAUGUGGACGUGGUCGUGGACGUGGACGUGGUCGUGGACGUGGACGUGGACGUGAACGUGGACAUGGACGUGGACGUGGACAUGGACGUUGACGUGGACGUGGACGUGGUCGUGGUCGUGGAUGUGGACGUGGACGUUGACAUGGACGUGGACGUGGUCAUGGACGUGGACGUGGACAAGGACGUGGACGUGGACGUGGAGGUGGACGUGGUCGUGGACGUGGUCGUGGACGUGGUCGUGGACGUGGACGUGGAAGUGGACGUGGACGUGGACGUGGACGUGGACGUGGACGUGGACGUGGACGUGGUCGUGGACGUGGUCGUGGACGUGGUCGUGGACGUGGAUGUGGACGUGGUCGUGGACGUGGACGUGGUCAUGGACGUGGACGUGUACGUGGAGAUGGACGUGGACGUGGACGUGGACAUGGACGUGGACGUGGACGUGGACGUGGUCGUGGUCGUGGAUGUGGACGUGGACGUUGACAUGGACGUGGACGUGGACGUGGACGUGGACGUGGACAAGGACGUGGACGUGGACGUGGAGGUGGACGUGGUCGUGGACGUGGUCGUGGACGUGGUCGUGGACGUGGACGUGGAAGUGGACGUGGACGUGGACGUGGACGUGGACGUUGACGUGGACGUGGACAUGGACGUGGACGUUGACGUGGACGUGGACGUGGACGUGGACGUGGACAUGGACGUGGACGUGGACGUGGACAUGGACGUGGACGUGUACGUGGAGAUGGACGUGGACGUGGACGUGGACGUGGACGUGGACAUGGACGUGGACGUGAACGUGGACGUGGACGUGGACGUGGACGUGGACGUGGAGAUGGACGUGGACGUGGACGUGGACGUGGACAUGGACGUGGACAUGGAGGUGGACGUGGACGUGGACGUGGACAUGGACGUGGACGUGGACAUGGACGUGGACGUGGACGUGGACGUGGACAUGGACAUGGACGUGGACGUGGACAUGGACGUGGACGUGGACAUGGACGUGGACGUGGACGUGGACGUGGACGUGGACGUGGACAUGGACGUGGACGUGGAAGUGGACGUGGACAUGGACGUGGACGUGGACGUGGACGUGGACGUGGUCGUGGACGUGGUCGUGGACGUGGUCGUGGACGUGGAUGUGGACGUGGUCGUGGACGUGGACGUGGUCGUGGACGUGGACGUGGACGUGAACGUGGACAUGGACGUGGACGUGGACAUGGACGUUGACGUGGACGUGGACGUGGUCGUGGUCGUGGAUGUGGACGUGGACGUUGACAUGGACGUGGACGUGGUCAUGGACGUGGACGUGGACAAGGACGUGGACGUGGACGUGGAGGUGGACGUGGUCGUGGACGUGGUCGUGGACGUGGUCGUGGACGUGGACGUGGACGUGGACGUGGACGUGGUCGUGGACGUGGACGUGGACUUGGACUUGGACGUGGACGUGGUCGUGGUCGUGGACGUGGUCGUGGACGUGGACGUGGACGUGGUCGUGGACGUGGACAUGGACGUGGACUUGGACGUGGUCGUGGACGUGGUCGUGGACGUGGUCGUGGACGUGGACGUGGACGUGGACGUGGUCGUGGACGUGGUCGUGGACGUGGUCGUGGACGUGGACGUGGACGUGGACCUGGACGUGGUCGUGGACGUGGACGUGGACGUGGACAAGGACGUGGACGUGGACGUUGACGUGGUCGUGGACGUGGUCGUGGACGUGGACGUGGUCGUGGACGUGGACGUGGACGUGGACGUGGUCGUGGACGUGGACGUGGACGUGGACGUGUACGUACGUGGUCUUGGACGUGAUGUGGACGUGGACGUGGACCUGGACGUGGUCGUGGACGUGGACGUGGUCGUGGACGUGGACGUGGACGUGGACGUGGACGUGGACGUGGACAUGGACGUGGACAUGGACGUGGACGUGGACGUGGACGUGGACGUGGACGUGGACGUGGACGUGGACGUGGACGUGGACGUGGACGUGGUCGUGGACGUGGACGUGGACGUGGACGUGGACGUGGACAUGGACGUGGACGUGUACCUGGACGUGGACGUGGACGUGGACGUGGACGUGGACGUGGACGUUGACAUGGACGUGGACGUGGACGUGGACGUGGACGUGGACGUGGACAUGGACGUGGACGAGGACGUGGACGUGGUCGUGGACGUGGACGUGGACGUGGACGUGGUCGUGGACGUGGACGUGGUCGUGGACGUGGACGUGGUCGUGGACGUGGACGUUGACGUGGACGUGGACGUGGUUGUGGACGUGGAGGACUUGGACGUGGACAUGGACGUGGACGUGGACGUGGUCGUGGACGUGGACGUGGACGUGGAGGACGUGGACGUGGUCGUGGACGUGGACGUGGAGGACGUGGACGUGGUCGUGGACGUGGACGUGGACGUGGUCGUGGUCGUGGACGUGGACGUGGACGUGGUCGUGGACGUGGACGUGGACUUGGACGUGGACGUGGACGUGGACGUGGACGUGGACGUGGACGUGGACGUGGACGUGGAGGUGGACGUGGACGUGGACGUGGACGUGGACGUGGACGUGGACGUGGACGUGGACGUGGUCGUGGACGUGGACGUGGACGUGGACGUGGACGUGGACAUGGACGUGGACGUGUACCUGGACGUGGACGUGGACGUGGACGUGGACGUGGACGUGGACGUUGACAUGGACGUGGACGUGGACGUGGACGUGGACGUGGACAUGGACGUGGACGAGGACGUGGACAUGGUCGUGGACGUGGACGUGGACGUGGACGUGGUCGUGGACGUGGACGUGGUCGUGGACGUGGACGUGGUCGUGGACGUGGACGUUGACGUGGACGUGGACGUGGUUGUGGACGUGGAGGACUUGGACGUGGACAUGGACGUGGACAUGGACGUGGUCGUGGACGUGGUCGUGGUCGUGGACGUGGACGUGGACGUGGACGUGGACGUGGACGUGGACGUGGACGUGGACGUGGACGUGGUCGUGGACGUGGACGUGGACGUGGACGUGGUCGUGGACGUGGACGUGGACGUGGACGUGGACGUGGACGUGGACGUGUACAUGGACGUGGACGUGGACGUGGACGUGGACAUGGACAUGGACGUGGACGUGGACGUGGACAUGGACGUGGACGUGGACGUGGACGUGGACGUGGACAUGGACGUGGACAUGGACGUGGACGUGGACGUGGACGUGGACGUGGACGUGGACAUGGACGUGGACGUGGACGUGGACGUGGACGUGGACGUGGACGUGGACAUGGUCGUGGACGUGGAUGUGGACGUGGACGUGGACAUGGACGUGGACGUGUACGUGGACAUGGACGUGGAUGUGGACAUGGACGUGGACGUGGACGUGGACAUGGACGUGGACGUGGAUGUGGACGUGGACGUGGACGUGGACGUGGACGUGGACGACCUAGACGUUGACGUGGACGUGGACCUAGACGUUGACGCGGACGUGGACGUGGACAUGGACUUGGUCGUGGACGUGGACGUGGACGUGGUCGUGGACGCGGACGAGGACGUGGACGUGGACUUGGUCGUGGACGUGGACGUGGACGUGGUCGUGGACGUGGACGAGGACGUGGACGUGGACGUGGACAUGGACGUGGACGUGGACGUGGACGUGGACGUGGACGUGGACGUGGACAUGGACGUGGACGUGGACGUGGACAUGGACGUGGACGUGGACGUGGACAUGGACGUGGACGUGGACGUGGACGUGGACGUGGACGUGGACGUGGAGGACUUGGACGUGGACGUGGACGUGGACCUAGACGUUGACGCGGACGUGGACGUGGACAUGGACGUGGACGUGGACGUGGACGUGGACGUGGUCGUGGACGUGGACGAGGACGUGGACGAGGACGUGGACGUGGUCGUGGACGUGGACGUGGACGUGGACGUGGACGUGGACGUGGACAUGGACUUGGUUGUGGACGUGGACGUGGACGUGGUCGUGGACGUGGACGAGGACGUGGACGUGGACGUAGACGUGGACGUGGACGUGGACGUGGACGUGGACAUGGACGUGGACAUGGACGUGGACGUGGACGUGGACAUGGACGUGGACGUGGACGUGGACGUGGACGUGGACAUGGACGUGGACGUGGACGUGGACGUGGAGGACUUGGACGUGGACGUGGACGUGGACGUGGACCUAGACGUUGACGCGGACGUGGACGUGGACAUGGACGUGGUCGUAGACGUGGACGUGGACGUGGUCGUGGACGUGGACGAGGACGUGGACGUGGACGUGGUCGUGGACGUGGACGUGGACAUGGACGUGGACAUGGACGUGGACGUGGACGUGGACGUGGACGUGGACGUGGACAUGGACGUGGACGUGGACGUGGACGUGGACGUGGACAUGGACGUGGACGUGGACGUGGACGUGGACGUGGACAUGGACGUGGACAUGGACGUGGACGUGGACGUGGACGUGGACGUCGACGUGGACGUGGACGUGGACGUGGACGUGGACGUAGUCGUGGACGUGGACGUGGAGGUGGACGUGGACUUGGACGUGGACAAGGACGUGGACGUGGACGUGGUCGUGGACCUAGACGUUGAUGCGGACGUGGACGUGGACGUGGUCGUGGACGUGGACGUGGAUAAGGACGUGGACGUGGACGUGGAGGUGGACGUGGUCCUGGACGUGGUCGUGGACGUGGUCGUGGACGUGGACGUGGACGUGGACCUGGACGUGGUCGUGGACGUGGACGUGGACGUGGACAAGGACGUGGACGUGGACGUGGACGUGGUCAUGGACGUGGUCGUGGACGUGGACGUGGACGUGGUCGUGGACGUGGACGUGGACGUGGACGUGGACGUGGUCGUAGACGUGGACGUGGACGUGGACGUGUACGUGUACGUGGACGUGGACGUGGUCGUGGACGUGGACGUGGACGUGGACGUGGUCGUGGACGUGGACGUGGUCGUGGUCGUGGACGUGGACGUGGUCGUGGACGUGGACGUGGACUUGGACGUGGACGUGUGGACGUGGACAUGGACGUGGACAUGGACGUGGCCGUGGACGUGGACGUGGACGUGA